UUGUGUCUAUAUAGUUUUGCUCACAAAACAAAGAAAAUCUGCUUGUUUUUAUUUAUUCUAAUCGAAAAAUCAUGUCACGUCCACCGAUGAUGCAACCGGAUUCUGAUAGCGAAGAUGAAGUGCUACCGCCGGGAUUUGAAGAACGAACAGAUGAGGAUGGAAAUGUAUUUUAUUUGAAUCAUCAGGAAAAGAAAACCCAAUGGAUACACCCGAGAACAGGAAAAGCGAAGAAAAUUCAAGGCGAAUUGCCAUUUGGAUGGGAAAAAGAAAGAGAAGAAAGUACCGGUCAAACAAUUUACAUCGAUCGCAAAAAUAAUCGAAGAACAUAUAUUGAUCCACGUUUAGCAUUUGCGGUAGAAAAUACUCCAAAAAAUGUCAGUGACAUUCGGCAACGAUUCGAUGCGAAUUCGACGGCGUUUCAAGUAUUACACGGUCAAGACUUGAACGGAAAGGUGGCUGUUAUAACCGGCGCUAACACAGGAAUUGGAUUCGAAACAGCCAGAUCGUUGGCAUUUUUUGGAUGUCAAGUUCUUUUCGCAUGUCGAUCACAGAGCAAAACCGAAGAAGCUAUCGAAAAAAUUCGCAAUGAACGUGAUUCUGGUGGUCGAUGUUCUUUUAUUCCAUGUGAUUUAGGGUCUAUGCGAUCAGUUAAACAGGCUGCUGAACUAAUAAAAAAGGAAGUGAAUCAUAUUGAUAUGUUGAUUUUGAAUGCAGCUGUAUUUGCUUUACCGUACACACAAACCGAAGAUCAAUUAGAAACAACAUUCCAAGUUUGUCAUUUGGCACAUUUUUAUCUGUGUAAACUUCUGGAAGAUUGUCUGGACCAAAACUCAAGAGUUGUGGUUGUGUCGUCCGAAUCACAUCGAUUCAGCUGGCUCCCCCCGUCUGAUUUGAGCGAACAAAUCCUAUCACCACCAGCAAAGAAUUAUUACAGCAUGAUUGCAUACAACAACGCCAAGCUGUGUAAUGUCCUUUUUGCACGAGGACUCGCGAAGAAAUUGUGCGAAAAAGGAGUUUGUGUGAAUGCUUUGCAUCCGGGUAAUAUGGUCUCUUCGUCAAUAUCACGAAAUUGGUGGUUUUAUCGAUUUCUGUUUGCAUUCGUGCGACCAUUCACAAAAUCAUUGCAACAAGCUGCAAGUACCACUAUUUACGUUGCAACGGCGAACGAGUUAUGUGGAGUCAGCGGACAGUAUUUUAAUAAUUGUUUCUUCUGUGAGCCCAGUCAAUUGUCACGAAACAACGAAAUGGUCGAUAAUUUAUGGGAGACAAGCGAACAAAUUCUUGAUCGAAUUUUACAAGAGAAAGGCUUAAAAUAACAUAAUCACCUUCUUAUUUUGUAUUCUCAAAGAAUUUUCACAUUUUUCUAACAAUAAAUGUACAUUUAUGGCUUUAUUCAAAUUA